CGGACGCGGUAUAUAAGUCACCCAGAUCCCAAGGUUUUUCAAGUUACUUUCCUUCCUGAUCGAGGCCUUACGACUUUUUACGAUGUCCGCUUCUUCUGCUAGAGAUGCGGAACAGGCUGCAACUAACCAGAAGGAGUCAGUGCCCGGAACUGCUCCCAACACCACUGGCAAGAAAGAACCUGGACAAUCAUGGAAAGAAAACGAGACACACGUUCUACCCCAAAAUCGUCUUCCCCUUGUAUUUCUUGGCUUCAUGUGCACUAUAUUCCUUGCAGCGAUGGAUCAAACUAUCAUUGCCACAGCCUUGCCAACUAUCGUAAAAGAUCUUGGGGGUGGUGCAGACUACAGCUGGGUCGGCAGUGCAUAUCUACUCGCGGCAGCUUCACUUUCCCCGUUGUAUGGAAAACUUUCCGAUAUAAUUGGACGAAAACCUGUACUCUAUGGAUGCAUACUGAUAUUCCUUAUCGGAUCUGCGUUGUGCGGUGCAGCCCAGACAAUGGUUUGGCUGAUAGUAUGUCGUGCUGUCCAAGGUAUUGGUGGUGGUGGAAUCAUUCAGUUGGUCAAUAUUACAAUCAGUGACAUCGUCCCCCUCAAAGACCGUGGAAAAUAUGGGGGCCUUAUUGGUGCUACAUGGGGCAUUGCUAGUGUCGUGGGGCCUUUACUUGGUGGUGUUUUCACUGACCACGUUUCUUGGAGAUGGUGCUUUUUCAUAAAUUUGCCCACUGGAGGCAUCGCAGCUCUCAUCUUGUUCUUUUUCCUCAAUUUGAACCCUAAGCCACACAAGUCGUUGAAAGUACAUGUCCGCGAGUUUGACUUCAUCGGCCUGGGACUGAUCAUCGCUGGUGUCGUCUGCCUGUUGAUUGGGUUUAAUUCGAGUGAAACUAAAUGGGAUGAUGCUGAAACUAUUUCGUUAAUCACGAUUGGAGGCGUUCUAUUGUUAAUGGCCGGGGUGUAUGAGAUAUUUACCACGAAAUCUGCAAUCUUGCCUGCUAGGCUCUUCAAGACCCGUACAACAUCAAUCGUACUGGUGUCCGUUUUCCUUCAUGCAAUUUGUUUUUUCCAAGGUGCCUAUUAUCUGCCUCUAUAUUAUCAAAUCUUGGGGGCGUCUGCAACUGGAUCCGGCGUACGAAUGCUUCCAUUCUCUCUUGGCUCUGCCUUUAUGUCUGCCAUUUCCGGUAUCGUCGUCUCCAAAACCAGAGAGUACCGGCUAGUGAUGUGGAUAUCAUGGGCCAUAUUUGUUGUCGGGUAUGGCUUAAUGACUAUGCUGGAUAGUCACUCCAACACGGCAAUGAAGGAAUUGUAUCCAUUUGUUGCGGCAAUUGGCAUUGGUUGCCUCUUCCAGACACCUUUGAUAGCACUCCAAGCUGCGAUGCCGUUGAAGGAUAUGGCCACUAGUACGGGUGCUUUUGGAUUCAUCAGAACGCUUGGUGGAACAGUCGGCAUUUCAGUCGGCCAAGUCAUAUUUUCUAGCACGCUCUCACCCCGUUUAGCGAAGAUACCUAACAUAUCGAUAGACACAUCUAGCGCCGCUCUCGCCGAAAGUGUCACAAAUCUGAAAAACAUUCCCGAUGCAACAACGCGAGUUGCAGUCAUUCAAGCAUACUCCAAGUCCAUCAGUUCUAUAUGGGUUGUUUGUACACCUAUAGCAGGCAUAGGAUUCCUUCUAGUUUUAUGGGUUAGAAAAUACACGCUGAACCGAACCAUUGUCCGCAAUGAGAAGCAACCGGUAGAUGCGGAGAAGGGUCAAACACCAGGAGAUGUUAAAGAACAGCCAGCUGCCAGCAAUGUCAGUGAUGAUAUUACUAUAGAAGGAGGUGAAGAAACAUCUGCAAAGCAAGAGGAGGUUUAAUUAUUCUUGAUGAAUGAACCCGCACACGCGUAUAUUCUAGAUUAUCCAGCGAUUAUAUACUAAGUAGCAAAUGAAUCCCAAUUACUCUACUUGUAACUUAUGAUGAAUGGUAGAGACUCCUAGUAUCCAAUACAGUAGUGCUUAUAUAUAAUUA